AUCCACUUCUCUUGCCUUCUCCUCCUUGGUGAACAAGGUCCACUCCCAUCCUACAGCCAUGUCCUGCUUCGAUCUGUGCCGUCCCUGUGGCCCGACCCCACUGGCCAACAGCUGCAACGAGGUCUGUGUGCGCCAGUGCCAGGACUCCCGGGUGGUGAUCCAGCCCUCUCCCGUGGUGGUCACCCUGCCUGGACCCAUCCUCAGCUCCUUCCCCCAGAACACCGCUGUGGGCUCCAGCACCUCUGCUGCUGUUGGCAGCAUCCUGAGUGAGGAGGGAGUGCCCAUCUCCUCCGGUGGCUUUGGCAUCUCUGGCCUGGGCAGCCGCUUCUCUGGCAGGAGGUGUCUGCCCUGCUAAGGAUGAGGUGUUCAUCCCAUGGAUGCAUCCUUCAGGAAGCCCAAAGCUUGGUGCUGGACUGCAGACAGAGCUUCUGUGCAGGAUCCACUGAGCACCCUCCUGCUCUCCUGCAAAGCAAAGAGGGAAUUCAAGUUGCCAGCCUGUGCUGCCUGUAGACACAGACAGCAGCUGUCUUCUUCUUUUCCUUCUUUCUUCUCAUCAUUAGGGGUUCUUGUUGUGUCCUUUUGUCCUGUGCCUUGGGUUCAUCCUGAAGCAAGUUGAGAUGGCCCUGCUUCUUCUUCCACUUGUCUUGUGAUGGGGAAGACAUGCAUCCCAUCUUCCUGUAGUUUCCCUCCUUAUGGCCAAUAUGUUUGCCAGCUGUAUUUGUAGCAGCCUUUAACUUUUCACUUUUUUGAUUCCUUCUUUGAGCUCAAUAAAAUUUAUGCUGCAUUGUAA